AGACCGAGCCCAGCAACACCUGCCCAUGGCCGCCUUCGCGCAGGGCAGCAGCAGCAGCAGCGAGGCAGCGCUCGCGUCGCGGGCCAAGUGGGCCUACGUCAUCGCCGGCGGCGCCGUCGCCGCGCUCGUGGCCUCGCUGAUCGUCGACCUCUUCGGCGCGGCGCCGCUGCCGCACAGGGCGCUGCGCGUCGCGCUCAGCGGGGCGGGCGCCGCGCUGCAGGCCGCGCUGGGCGGGGCGCACCGGCGGCACGCGGCGGCGGCGGCGCGCGGGUGCGCCGCGUCGGCGCCCGCGUUCCCGGGGGACUUCACGGGGGCGCGGUUCCUGCUGCGCACGGCGCACGGGAUCCGGACGCACACGCUGCUGGCGGGGCUGCGGGCGCUGCUGCGGCGGCGCGGCGACGGCGGCGGGCUGGGCCACACGUUCGCGCACGUCGCGUUCCCGAGCCUGCGGCGGCGGCGCGUGCUCGUGACGGACGAGCCGGCCAACGUGCGCGCCGUGCUCGCCGCGCGCUUCGACCACUGGCGCAUCCCGCGCGACCGCGUCGCCGCCUUCCUGCCCGUGCUCGGCCCGCACUCCGUCUUCGCCGCCGACGGCGCCGCCUGGCGCCGCGCCCGCGCCGCGCUGCGCCCCGCCUUCGUCCGCGACCAGGUCGCGGACCUGCGCCGCUUCGAGCGCCACGUCGACCGCCUCGUGGCGCGCCUGCGCCGCGACGCCGCCGCCGCACCCCGCGCCCGCGUCGACCUCCAGGCCGCCUUCCUCCUGCUCACCACCGACACCAUCUCCGACUUCAUGCUCGGCCGGUCCACCGGCCUGCUCCGGGCCCGGGACGGCGGCGAGGAGGCUGCCGCCGGCGCCCGCUUCGGCCGCUGCUUCGACGUCGCCAUGCAGAAGAUCGCGAACCGCGCGCGCCUCGGCCGCCUCGCGCGGCUGCUGCGCGACCGCGAGCUCGACGAGAGCGUCGCCUUCAUGCACGCCUUCGUCGACCGGUACGUCGGCGAGGUGCGGCGGGCGCGGCAGGAGGAGGAGGAGGAGGAGGCCGCCGAGAAGCGGGAGGCGAGGGGGAGCGGGGUGAAGGAUGAUGAAGAAGGCGACGGCGACGGCGACGGCGACGACGACAAGCGCUACGUCUUCCUCAACGAGCUGCUGCGGACCGGCGAGCCCGACGAGGUCAUCCGCGACCACCUGAUGAGCAUAUUCACGGCGGGGCGGGACACGACGACGAGCGCGCUGUCGUACCUGUUCUUCGAGCUGUCGCGGCGGCCCGACGUGGCGGCCGCGAUCCGGCGCGAGGCCGCGCAGGCCGGCCUCGCCGCGGGCCGGACGCCGACCUGGCAGCAGCUCCGCGACCUGCGCUACCUCGGCUGGGCCGUCAAGGAGGCCCUGCGCCUCAACCCGCCCGUCCCCACCAACGCCCGCCAGGCCGUCUGCGACACCGUCCUGCCCCUCGGCGGCGGCCCCGACGGCACCUCCCCCCUCUUCGUCCCCCAGGGCACCGUCGUCCGCUACGUCCCCUGGACGAUGCAUCGCCGCCACGACCUCUACGGCCCUGACGCCGACGAGUUCCGCCCCGAGAGGUGGGAGACGCUCAAGCCGACCUACGAAUACGUCCCUUUCAACGCCGGCCCGCGCAUCUGCGUCGGCCAGCAGUUCGCCCUGACCCAGAUCGCCUUCGUCACCCUGCGUCUGCUCCAGGCCUUCUCUGCCAUCGAGCGCCAGGACGACCGCCCCUUCGUGCAGAAAUUCGGCGUCAACACCUCCCUGCUUCACGGGUGCUGGGUGAGCUUGACGCCGGCCUAG